CAGCAGGCCAGCGCCCAGCACCAGUCUUGCUUUUGCCUCUGAUGGAAUUGGUGCCGGAUCGCUUGCUAAACCCCAAAUUAGAUGUUAUCCCCAUACCUCCCCACUUGAAGUUCCAAAUUUCUGGAUUUUGCUUGCUGCAGGUCUCGCAUCGCUGUCUCGCCGUUGGCUGUUUGUCCCGUCUCUUGUCCUUUCCUUUUCUACGGCAAGCGUACAUGGACAAACAAGACAUCUAUCCCAUUUCUUCUAUAUCUAAAGCCCACAUAUAAACCAUCUUUUCUCCAAGUCAUUGCUAUCUUUUAUGGUCUGAAUCCCUCCAUUGAAACCCUGAUUCGCGCAAUCGCCCCGCCACAGCGCUCAUCUCUUCCGCUGCUCAACCUAUUUCUAUACGUACCAGGGCACCUCGGCAGCUGCACAGCUGUGCCUAUGGGCGAAUCAUGACUCCUUCAAUCGAUAAUCUCCGAUGCCAGACACAGCAGACCUCAAGUUCCGCUAAGCCGAUUCCGAUCCGACAUGUCACAGAAGGCUCAGCAAUCAGUGAUUCCGUCCACGUGCAGAGGACGGAGGAGCUGUUGCGGCUUCCCCAUGGGAAGGUGACCAAAGUGUGCUGUAUUGGAGCGGGCUACGUAGGCGGUCCCACCAGCGCCGUAAUGGCGAACAAGAACCCGGACCUGCAAGUAACGGUCGUAGAUCUUAGCAUCAAGAGAAUAGAAGCAUGGAAAUCGGAUCAACUACCUAUUUACGAGCCGGGUCUGCUCGACGCCGUGAAAUUAGCAAGAGAUGGCGAUGGUGGCCGCAAGCCGAACCUGUUCUUCUCCACCGACGUCGACACGGCGGUCCGAGAGGCGGAACUGAUCCUCGUGAGCGUGAACACCCCGACCAAAAUCACUGGCACCGGCGCCGGCCGCGCUUCCGAGCUCAGCUAUUUCGAGUCGGCUGUCCGGACCAUCGCAGAGGUGGCGACCACCGACAAGAUCAUUGUCGAGAAGAGCACGGUGCCAUGCCGGACGGCUGAGAAUAUGCGCGAGAUCCUCUCCGCCAUCGGUCAUCCCGGCGUGAACUUCGAAAUCCUUUCCAACCCCGAGUUUUUGGCUGAAGGGACGGCCAUUCCCGAUCUCAUGGAGCCGGACAGGAUUCUGAUCGGAUCGUUAAACACGGCGGCUGGCCUUAGUGCCGCCGCUGCGUUGGCGGAUGUAUACGCCGCAUGGGUUCCGCGGGAAAAUAUUAUCACGAUGAACACGUUCAGCUCCGAGUUGGCGAAGCUGGCUGCGAAUGCGCUCCUUGCUCAGCGGAUCAGCAGCAUCAACGCUCUGUCUGCCGUAUGUGAAGCGACCGGUGCAGAUAUUGAAGAGGUCUCAUAUGCCGUUGGCCUUGAUACCCGUAUUGGCCGCAAGAUGCUGAAAGCGUCAGUCGGAUUCGGCGGAUCAUGCUUUAAGAAGGACGUCCUCUCCCUCGCCUACAUCUCCGAGACUCUCCACCUACCCGAGGUUGCGGCGUACUGGAGGAGCGUCGUCGAUAUCAACGAGUACCAGAAGGACCGCUUCACCAAACGCAUCAUCCAAUGCCUCUUCAACUCGCUCAAGAACAAGAAGAUCGCCAUCCUGGGGUUCGCGUACAAGAAGGAUACGGGCGAUACGCGUGAGAGCGCGGCCAUCACCGUGGUGGAGAGCUUGGUGGCCGAGGACGCGAAACUCAGCAUCUACGACCCCCGCGUCGAGGAAGAACAGGUCUGGUCCGACCUCAAGCAGACCCAUAUCGGCCUCCCGAAGAUGAAGGAGAACGUUACCCUGUGCUCGAGCGUCUACGAUGCGUGCGCGGACAGCCACGCCGUCAUCAUCUUGACCGAGUGGGAUGACACCUCGUCGGGCAUGCCCCGCAUGGACUGGGCACACGUCGCCUCGGUCAUGCGGCGCCCGAUGUUCGUCUUCGACGGCCGCAACGUCGUCGACAAGUCGAAGCUGGAGGAUCUGGGGUUCCGCGUCGAGUGCAUCGGGAAGCCCGGGUCCGCGUCGUUUCGCGAGCGGGGCAGCGUACCCAGCGGGCGGAAGAGCAGCCAGGAAGGUUCGCCUGUUUAA